AUGCUGGCGACGAUGGGUUACAUCACGCCCGAGAUCACCGGCAAGCUGCCCGGCUACUUGUCGCCUUCGGCUGGCCUGAAGUUCGCGGACAUCCCGAACGGGCUCGGGGCGAUCUCCAAGGUUCCCGCGGCGGGCUGGGCGCAGAUCGUGGCGUACGGCGCGUUCUGCGAGCUGUCCCAGGACCAGUCCGCUGGCACCGCUGCCGCCGCAGGCGACUUCGGCUUCAAGGUGCUGACGUCCAGUGAUGCCGGGGAGAAGCAGAAGAAGUUGGCGGCAGAGAUCGCCAACGGUCGCCUUGCCAUGAUGGCUAUCAUCGGAAUGUUUUUCCAGGACGGCUUGACCGGCUCCGCGUGGGGCGACUGGGCGCUCUACACUGGAUCCCCGCUGCGCGCGUUCGAGAGCGAGCUGGGCGUGCAGGACCCCGUGGGCUUUUGGGACCCUGCCGGGUUCACAGCGGAUGGUAGCACGGCGAAUUUCGCCAGGAGGCGCCAGACAGAGCUCAAGCACGGCCGCGUGAGCAUGCUGGCGACGAUGGGUUACAUCACGCCCGAGAUCACCGGCAAGCUGCCCGGCUACUUGUCGCCUUCGGCUGGCCUGAAGUUCGCGGACAUCCCGAACGGGCUCGGGGCGAUCUCCAAGGUUCCCGCGGCGGGCUGGGCGCAGAUCGUGGCGUACGGCGCGUUCUGCGAGCUGUCCCAGGACCAGUCCGCUGGCACCGCUGCCGCCGCAGGCGACUUCGGCUUCAAGGUGCUGACGUCCAGUGAUGCCGGGGAGAAGCAGAAGAAGUUGGCGGCAGAGAUCGCCAACGGUCGCCUUGCCAUGAUGGCUAUCAUCGGAAUGUUUUUCCAGGACGGCUUGACCGGCUCCGCGUGGGGCGACUGGGCGCUCUACACUGGAUCCCCGCUGCGCGCGUUCGAGAGCGAGCUGGGCGUGCAGGACCCCGUGGGCUUUUGGGACCCUGCCGGGUUCACUGCGGAUGGUAGCACGGCGAAUUUCGCCAGGAGACGCCAGACAGAGCUCAAGCACGGCCGCGUGAGCAUGCUGGCAACGAUGGGUUACAUCACGCCCGAGAUCACCGGCAAGCUGCCCGGCUACUUGUCGCCUUCGGCUGGCCUGAAGUUCGCGGACAUCCCGAACGGGCUCGGGGCGAUCUCCAAGGUUCCCGCUGCGGGCUGGGCGCAGAUCGUGGCGUACGGCGCGUUCUGCGAGCUGUCGCAGGACCAGUCCGCUGGCACCGCGGCCGCCGCAGGCGACUUCGGCUUCAAGGUGCUGACGUCCAGUGAUGCCGGGGAGAAGCAGAAGAAGUUGGCGGCAGAGAUCGCCAACGGUCGCCUUGCCAUGAUGGCUAUCAUCGGAAUGUUUUUCCAGGACGGCUUGACCGGCUCCGCGUGGGGCGACUGGGCGCUUUACACUGGAUCCCCGCUGCGCGCGUUCGAGAGCGAGCUGGGCGUGCAGGACCCCGUGGGCUUUUGGGACCCUGCCGGGUUCACUGCGGAUGGUAGCACGGCGAAUUUCGCCAGGAGACGCCAGACAGAGCUCAAGCACGGCCGCGUGAGCAUGCUGGCAACGAUGGGUUACAUCACGCCCGAGAUCACCGGCAAGCUGCCCGGCUACUUGUCGCCUUCGGCUGGCCUGAAGUUCGCGGACAUCCCGAACGGGCUCGGGGCGAUCUCCAAGGUUCCCGCUGCGGGCUGGGCGCAGAUCGUGGCGUACGGCGCGUUCUGCGAGCUGUCGCAGGACCAGUCCGCUGGCACCGCUGCCGCCGCUGGCGACUUCGGCUUCAAGGUGCUGACGUCCAGUGAUGCCGGGGAGAAGCAGAAGAAGUUGGCGGCAGAGAUCGCCAACGGUCGCCUUGCCAUGAUGGCUAUCAUCGGAAUGUUUUUCCAGGACGGCUUGACCGGCUCCGCGUGGGGCGACUGGGCGCUCUACACUGGAUCCCCACUGCGCGCGUUCGGGAACGGGAGCUCAAGUUCCGCAAGCUGA